UAGUGUGAUACGUAGGAAUGAUAACAAAACCAAGUUUGUUUUUAAAAAUUGUGUAUUCCCACCUAUAUCACCGAUAUCGCAAUGAAAAUAAUAUGUGCAGGGCUCCAGAAAACCGGGACAAAAUCGAUCGCAGAAGCACUAAGAAUACUUGGAUAUGAUGUACACGAUGCAUUUGAACAGCUAUUGUAUGACAGGGAACUGUGGGACAAGAUUGUGGCCAAUACCGUCACCACGGAAGAUUACCAAAGGAUUCUCAGAGAUGUUGACGCAGUAAUAGACUGGCCUGCAGUUGCAGUGUGGGAACAAAUCAUGGAAGCAUUUCCAGAUGCUAAAGUUAUACUGACGAUUCGUUCAAAUGAAGAUGAAUGGUAUGGAAGCAUGAAAAACCAAUGCAAAGUCACGAAUAAUUACGUUCCAACGAAUGAAAUAGUGCAACAACUCCUAUUCCAUGUAAUAGCUGGUCCAUUAGCUAGCAGAAUUUAUAAGCUUGAAACAGAGUUUAUGUCGGCCUGUCUUGGAAUACCGAGAAUGUAUGGCUCUGUAAUGACAGAAACAUUCCUGAGAUCUCGGUAUCGCCAACAUAAUUUGUACGUCAACUCUAUUUGUCCCGAGAAGAAAUUAUUGAUAUACAACGUUAAAGAAGGUUGGGAACCACUUUGUAGGUUUUUAAACAAAGAAAUCCCAGAACAAACGUUUCCAAAGGUAAAUGUUAAAGGAGAAAUAAUGAAGAAACUUAUGAACAAUAAAUGGAAAUACAACUGUGGAUUCCAAAAAACAGUAGAAAGACAAACACUUUGGAGGAUGGCUGAAAUCUGUUUUGUUCUCAUCACGCUAUUUUUUGUUUGGUAUAUUAUAUAAUGUAAGGUUAAAUUUAUGUAUGAUUUAUUUGAUGAUAUAUUAAUGGGUGUAAAAGGGUUAAAAUAAUAAAGUUUAAAAUUAAAGAAAUUUUCAACUGUCUGGCAGGAUGAGGCUUGGGUGUGAAGCUGCAAUGACUGGAUACAAAAUGGGAAUUGUGUUUUUAGCCUGAUUUAUUCAAUUAAGUCUUAAUGCAAACAUAUAUCAUUUUCGGGUAUCAUUUGUCAGACUCUAAUAGAAAGGCUUACAUAAAC